UGAAUAGUGUGGACAGUGAAGGCUCUAUUUGGAAUCAGACGACAUCCAUAACAGACACAAAUCGAUCUGCUUUCUUUGACAAUUGAGUCUCUCUCAGCUCAAUCUUCUUCCAACCCAUCUUUCUUUCUUUACUUUGCUUCCAUUUUUAAUCCAACGGUACAACCAGAACAUCCAAUCCCACAGAUUCAAUGGUCAAACCCAACCAACCCUCGAAACUCAAAUUACACACCCAUCUACUAAAACACUGAAAAAUCAGUUUUUGGUUGCGUCUUCAUCAACCCCAUCUUCGAUUUCCACUUCAACUUCCAGCCCUAACCUUUUCCCUACCUUUUACUUACAGACCCAUCUCACUGAUUAAUCCUUUUCCUCGAUGAAAGUAUGGAUUUUCAAUUGUACCCGCGUGUCCGCACCUCAAUUUCAUCUUUUUCCUUUCCCAUUUCCCCUCUUUCUUUGACCUAAUCAAUUUCCCUUUUUCGCGGUUUAGCUCCAUAGAUCUUGAUUGCUUAGACUCUGGAGCUGAUCUGUUGUUGAUUCCAUUCUGAAGAUGGUGGCCAAGGGUUCGCCGGAUUGGCUUCCCUCUGGCUGGACUGUGCAGUAUAAAGUUCAGAAGACGGGCCGGAAAAUUAGGUUCUAUACAAACUUGGAGAAUGGAAAAAGCUUUUAUUAUAAGGAUGAUGUUAUUGGUUAUAUUAAAAGCACUCAGUCUCAAAAGUCUCAACCAACUUCGAGGGGCGUAAAAACUCAGUCAGGAAAUAGUCCACUGCAACUGACGGUGAAAUCAAAUGAACACCCUGAAUGGUUGCCUGCUGGCUGGAAAGUGGAGUCAAGAACAAGGAUGAGUGGUUCAAAUGUUGGAGCUGUUUACAAGUGUUACAUUGAUCCAGUGACGGACAGCAGAUUUUAUUCAAAGCCAGAGGUAUUUCGACAUCUCAGAACUGUAAAGAACAAAUUAUGCACAUUGAAAGAGAGGAGGACAAGCAACGGCAAGAAGUCUAGAAGUCGAGUUGUUAUCGAACAUUAUAAAGAUGAAGAUUUGCCGCCUGGAUGGAUAAAGGAAAUCAAGAUCAAAGAAAAAGCAGAUGGCAUUAGGAAAGACCCGUUUUACAUAGAUCCAAAAUCUGGAUACGUAUUCCGCUCCAAAAAGGAGGUUUUCCGCUAUCUCGAGACUGGAGAGAUCAGUAGACAUGCAUUUAAACCAAAGGAAGGGGGCGAUGAAGAUCAGGAGUUGAUAAGUGACAAAAAAUCACGAUCGACUGUUAGAGGACAGAAAUUGGAGCAGUCUGCAGCAACCCCACAAUCUCUUGCAGGUGAGGAAAUGGCAACAGGGAGACGGUCAGAACGUCCAGGAGUCCAUAUUCAACAGUUGAAGCAACGCCAGAAUGUGUCUUCUGCACUGAAAGAUGCUUUAGUUCUUCCUGUUGAAACUGUUGAAGAGAUUAUUUUGCCUCAAGAAGCGGUCAUCAAGGAGUCUACUGAAAUCGAAGAAAAAAGUCAUAAAGAUUUAUCAUCUCCAAAAGCUGAUCAUACAGAAGGUAAUGAAAAUGAAAGAGUAUCUUCUGAUAAUGUAGCAGUUUCUAUUUGUGCAUCUGAGUCUGACCAAGAGAUCAAAGCGUUGCCAAAAGUUCAAAAGCUAGAAAGUAAUAAAAUUGAAAUAGUAGUAACUCCUGAUAACAGUCCACUUAUAAACACUGCAUCUAAGUUGGAACAUGAGAAGAUUGCGAUCAGUAAUACAAUGGAAAGUGGUGUCAAUGGGCGAAAGACAAAGACGAGGAAGUCCAAGAAGAAGAAAGAUGUCAACUUGCCUCGGAGGUCUUCAAAACGACUUGCUGGACUUGAACCAGAGUUGGUGCCUAAAGAAGAUGCUAAAGAAGUUCCUCAAGUUUCAAAUAGAAAUAUUUUCACUGAAGUUAGUCCAGAUGCUGGCCUAGCAGUGAAAGCGGAUGCAGAUGUUCACAAUACAGAUAAAGCAUCACAGCAGCUCGAUGUGAGGUCUGAAAAAGACAAUAAAGACCAUACACCUAAUCACAAGGACACGCCGUUACGUGAAAAUCACAAGGACAUGUCCUUAUGUGAAAAUCCUUCCAAUAAAAGGAAGACUCCUCUUGCAUGCGGCGUUGAUGCCCCAGAAGAGAAAAUACAAAGAGUGGAAACUGAAAAGAAGGAUGAUGGAAAGAUGGAAGCGCAGCUGAAUGUUCCAAUUGCUGAUUUUUGGUCAGACCCGUGCUUGGAAUUUGCAAUCAAAACUCUUACGGGUGCGUUGCCGGUGGAGAAUGCCACUACCACCAACGAGCCAGUUUCUAAUCCUACAGUCAACUUCCUGCAAGGACAGAGCUCAGUAAAAAAUGGUCCGGGAAGUCGCAUGAAUAAGAGAACUCAAGGGAACAAAAGAAUCAGGAACAAGAAAGAGCUCACUACUAGUAGUCAAUCUCCAAGUAUUAAUGGGCUCAAGCCUGAACUGGCAUCAAAUAUAAUUUCCUUUGAUCAAGCAAACCCAAAUCAUCAUUCAAAUGAAGCUGUUCUGGCUUUUAAUUUAUCAGACGGUAGAAUACAUGGACAACCGAGUAAGAAUGAACAAUAUAAAACAUCUUGCGAAAUCUUGACACCCAGUGAGCUGCAUCAUUCCCUGCCCCAGGUAGACUCCGAACGAUUUAACGGGAUCAGCGCAUGUCAUGAGAGCAACAACAUGAUGCUCGAUGAUCCGCAUCAAAUCCUUCAAACGAAUGACCAUAUGACAUCAGAAGUUCCAUUAUCCUUUCCAUUUGGGGAUUCCUGGGCAGAUCCGUGCUUGGAUUUUGCAUUCAAGACCCUCACAGGUGCAAUACCAAUCGACGAUAGUCUGGAAAUUCAAAGCUUCUUUGAGGAACGACUUGAAUCCUCUCGCAGCCAAAAAGACAGUAGCCCAGCACUGCCAGACUUUGGAUCCCCUAACCUCUUCCAAAACGAUAUAUCAUCCCACUUUGACGGACCCGAAAAAUCUGUUUCGGGACAGCACUUGAGUUUAGAUCCUCAGCUGUCUCUAGGGAACGUGAGCCUACCAAGCUGCAGUGGAUUCACUUCUCAACAGCAGUCUUCGGUGGAUAGAAACAGAUCUUUUAGAGGAAGGUGAAGUUUUAGAGAAAAGUGUAACUUUGAUGUAAUAACAGCACAGGUCUUGAGAAGAACAGCUUAUUGCUCUUUUUCUUCUUUUUAGCAAAUUUGUAUCAUAAUGGAUGCUCGAAUCUGGAAUUUCACACUCAGCAACUCCCACGUAAAAACUUGAACCACUUUGUACCAUUUGCCAGAAAUAGAAGAAAACAAAUUCCUAAUUUUUAA